AGACCGGGGCACACACCAACGUGUGGACAGAGACCCGCGCACCCAAACACAAGUGCGCAAAGAGACGCACACACAAAGACACGUGGGCACACAGAGAUGCAAACAUACACACGAGUUCACACAGAAACGCGCGCACACAGACACACGCACGCGAACAAACACGUCUCCCCAGCGCCCCCUCCGGCUCCCGCAGCCUUGGGGUUCCCGCCCGACCACAGGCUCCUGGCUCCCUCACCGACUGCAUCUCGGGGGCGAUCCCAGUCGGGUUCCGUCUGAGCCUCGCAACCAAACCGCGACAGCGGACCCAUUACCCGGAGGCCCGCAGCCUGGAGAAGGAACCGGGACUCAGAAUAGCCUCCGGGACCGAGCCCUCCAAGAAAGGCAGCCCAGGCCCCCGACAACCGUGGACGGAGCCAGGGUUUAUAAUGCAAACAUGUUUAAGAUCUCAUUUACUGAGGACUUGUAAGUUCCUCUGGGAAACAUGAAGUAAUGGACAAGCAAAGGGAAGAUGAAAAAAGGCAGAGGUAACAGGAACAUUUUAACUAAAAUUCAAGUUUAAGACUCUGUACUUGUCCAAGAGAAGAAUUCAGAGAAAUCAGAGCAGGUCAAAUAGUUCUAAAAGCCAUGGCUCAGGGAUUGGUGACAUUUAGGGACGUGGCCAUAGAGUUCUCUCUGGAAGAAUGGAAGUGCCUGGAACCUGCUCAGAGGGACCUGUACAGGGAGGUGACUCUGGAGAACUUUGGUCACUUGGUAUCGCUAGGACUCUCCAUUCCUAAGCCUGAUGUCAUCUCCUUACUGGAGCAAGGGAAAGAGCCCUGGAUAAUUGCAAAUGAUGUGACAGGACCAUGGUGCCCAGAGUUUCACUCGUUACCCAGGCUGGAGUACAAUGGUGCGAUCUCGGCUCACCGCAACCUCUGCUUCCUGGGUUCAGACUUGGAGUCCAGGUGUGAGAAAUUUCUACAAAAAGGUAUUUUUGAAGUCAAGGCAUUCAACUGGGAGAUCAUGGAAAGGCUUAAAUGCUGUGACCUGGAGGGCUCCGAUUUUACAGAUGACUGGGAAUGCGAAGGCCAGUUUGAGAGGCAAGUUAGUGAGGAGUGCUAUUUUAAGCAAGUAAAUGUCACCUAUGGACAUAUGCCCGCGUUCCAGAAUCACACAUCUCACACUCUGCGUCAGAGCAGUGAGACUGGUGAGAAACUGAUUGAAUGUCCUGAAUGUGGGAAAGUGUUUAGCCGUGGCUCACACCUUACUCAACAUCAGAAAACUCACACUGGGGAAAAACCCUUCAGAUGUAAGGAAUGUGGGAAGGCCUUCAGCCGUGCCUCACACCUUGUGCAGCAUCAGAGAAUUCACACCGGUGAGAAACCCUAUGACUGUAAGGACUGUGGGAAGGCCUUUGGUCGUACAUCAGAACUUACUCUACAUCAGCGACUUCAUACUGGUGUCAAACCUUAUGAAUGUAAAGAAUGCGGAAAGAGCUUUAGGCAGCAUUCACAGCUGAUUCUGCAUCAGAGGACUCACACAGGUGAGAAGCCCUACGUAUGUAAAGACUGUGGCAAGGCUUUCAUUCGUGGCUCACAGCUCACUGUGCAUCGAAGAAUCCACACGGGUGCCAGACCCUAUGAGUGUAAAGAAUGUGGGAAAGCCUUCAGGCAGCAUUCACAGCUGACUGUACACCAGCGGAUCCAUACUGGGGAGAAACCCUACGAGUGUAAGGAAUGUGGAAAGGGCUUUAUUCACAGCUCAGAAGUUACUCGACAUCAAAGAAUUCAUUCUGGGGAGAAACCCUAUGAGUGUAAGGAGUGCGGGAAGGCCUUUAGACAGCACGCACAGCUUACGCGGCAUCAGAGAGUCCAUACUGGCGACAGACCCUAUGAAUGUAAGGACUGUGGGAAGGCAUUUAGUCGGAGUUCAUACCUCAUUCAGCAUCAAAGGAUCCACACCGGUGACAAACCCUACGAAUGUAAGGAAUGUGGGAAGGCCUUUAUUCGUGUUUCACAACUAACUCAUCAUCAGCGGAUUCACACUUGUGAGAAACCCUAUGAAUGCAGGGAAUGCGGAAUGGCCUUUAUUCGUAGUUCACAACUUACUGAACAUCAGAGAAUUCAUCCCGGUAUCAAACCUUACGAAUGUAGAGAGUGUGGGCAGGCAUUUAUUCUUGGCUCACAACUCAUUGAACACUACAGAAUUCAUACUGGUUAGAAAACCUUGAGUGUGAGGGAUAAAGAGAAGCCUUUAUGUGGACUUCACAUCUGUACUACAUAAUUGUGUGUGUGUGUGUGUGUGUGUGUGAGAUGGAGUUUCACUAUUAUUGCCCAGGCUGGAGUACAAUGGUACAAUCUCGGCUUACUUCAGUCUCUGCCUCCGGGUUCAAGUGAUUCUCCUGCCUCUGCCACCCGACUAGCUGGGAUUACAGGCAUGCGCCACCAUACUUAGCUGAUUUUGUAUUUCUAAUAAAGGCAGGGUUUCUCCACAUUGGUCAGGCUGGCCUCAAACUCCUGACCUCGUGAUCCUCCCAUCUCGGCUUUCCAAAGUUGCUGGGAUUACAGGCAUGAGCCACGGCACCUGGCUAAUUUUGUAUUUUUAAUAGAAAUGAGGUUUCUCCAUGUUGGUCAGGCUGGUCUUGAACUCCUGACCUCAGGUGAUCCGCCAACCUCGGCUUCCCAAAGUACUGGGAUUACUUAUUCAAUCUCUUUGUCCCUCAGUUUACUUAUUAUUAUUAUUAUUAUUAUUUUUGAGACGGAGUUUCGCUCUUGCUACCUAGACUGGAGUGCAAUGGCACAAUCUCGGCUCACCGCAACCUCUGCCUCCUGGGUUCAAGCAAUUCUCCUGCCUCAGCCUCCUGAGUAGCUGGGAUUACAGGCACGCGCCACCAUGCCCAGCUGAUUUUUUGUAUUUAGUAGAGAUGGGGUUUCACCAUGUUGACCAGGAUGGUCUCGAUCUCUUGACCUCGUGAUCCACCUGCCUCGGCCUCCCAAAGUGCUGGGAUUACAGGCGUGAGCCACCGCGCCCGGCAGUUUACUUAUUUUUAAGUGGUGAUUAUUAUGCCUGAUAGAAUUUUUAUGAGGACUAAAUGAUGUAUUUUAUGUAAAGCCUUAGAAGUAAUACCUGGCAUGCACAAGUGCUCAGUAACUAUUAGCUAUUGUCAAUUUGAUUAUCAGUAUCACUGAAAAGGAGUUCAUGUGAGAUGAGAGGAGAGCCCCUUAUGAAUGUAUCCAAAAGUCUUCAUAACCAGUUGAAUAAUGAUCAUUUACUCCGAAAAAUACUGGGAAAGCAUAAUUAUUAUGAGGCCUUAAAUCAAAAUGUUAGAAAUUCAGAAAAUUAGAAAUAAACAGAAGCAUGACCGGGCAAACUGGCUCACACCUGUAAUCCCAGCAGUUUGGGAGGCUGAGGCAGGCAGAUCACUUGAGGUCAGGAGUUCAAGAUCAGCCUGGGCAACAGAGAGAGUCUCUACAAAAAUAAAAAAAAAUUUGCCACGCAGGGUGGCGCAUGCCUGUGGUCCCUGCUACUUGAGAGGCUGAAGUGGGAGGAUCACUUGUGCCUAGGAGGUCAAGGCUGCAGUGAGCUAUGAUCGUGCCAGUGCACUACAGUCUGAGCAACAGAGCGAGACCAUGUCUCAAGAAAAAAGAAAAAAUUAACAGAAUAGCCAAAAGCAAUAAGCCCAUUUUCUAAAACCACUCUAUAACUUAAAGAGAAAUCAAAACUAAAAUUACAAACUAGAAAUGAACGACUAAAUUCUACAUGUCAGAAUUAGUUUGGGCCAGGUGUGAUGGCUCACACCUGUAAUCACAGCACUUUGGGAAGCCAAAGUGGGUGGAUCACUUGAGGUUAGGAGUUCAAGACCAGCCUGGCCAACAUGGUAAAACACUAUCUCUACUAAAAAUACAAAAAUGAGCUAGGCAUGGUGGUGGGUGUCUGUAAGUCCCAGCUAUUUGGGAGGCUGAGGCAGGAGAAUCACUUGAACCCAGGAGGCAGAGGUUGCAGUGAGCUAGGAUGGCUUGCACUCCAACCUGGGCAACAAGAACGAAAUUUAGUCUCAAAAAAAAAAAAAAAAAAAAAAAAUUAGCCAGGUGCAGUGGUGCAUACCUGUAGUCCCAGCUACUCAGAAGGCUGUGGCAGGAGAAUUGCCCAGGAGAAUUGAGCCUCGGAGGUGGAGGUUGAAGUGAGCUGAGAUCAUGCCACUGCACUCCAGCCUGAGUGACACAGAGAAGAACUAGUUUAGCAUAGCCAAUGCUGUACUCCAUGGCUCACAACUCAUAACCUACGGGUUAAAGGUAGCAGCUUUGUUCUCUAUGUGUAGUUCUCCAACACCUCAUCACUGCCAGUCACAUACUAAACAUGUUGAAUGACUGAGUAGUCAACUCUCAAAGUUAGGAGGAAAUUAAAAUAUAAAUCAAAGCAGUAAGGUUAUUAAAAAUAAAAAUGAACAGAAUGGAAAACAAAACAUUUCAUCUGAAGGUUGUUUAACAAUAUACUAAGACUAUUUACAAGUGUGAUCUAGGAAAAAAAUAUGAAUGAGAAAGGGGGUAAAGAUUUUUCAAAGAUAGCUUACUAUGCAUGACUUUUUCUGUUUUAAAAUCUAGACAAAAUGAAUUUUUACAAAAAUAUUAAAAUUGAUUCCUAGGAUUUCUGUAAUCCUAGCACUUUGGGGGGCCAAGGUGGGUGGAUCACCUGAGGUCAGAAGUUUGAGAUCAGCCUGGCCAACAUGGUGAAACCCCAUCUCUAUUAAAAAUACAAAAAUUAGCUGGGCGUGGUGGCAUGUGUCUGUAAUCCUAGCUACCUGGGAGACUCAGGCAGGAGAAUUGCUGAAACCCAAAGUCAGAGGCUACAGUGAGCCUGGAUCAUGCCAGUGCACUCCAGCCUGGGUGACAGAGCCAGACUCCAUCUCAAAAAACAAACAAAAAAAUUAGCUGGGCGUGAUGGUGCACACCUGUAGUCCCAGCUAUUUGGGAGGCUGAGGAAGGAGAAUCGCUUGAACCUGGGAGGUGGAGGUUGCAAUGAGCCAAGAUCACACCACUGCACUCCAGCCUGGGUGACAGAGCAACACUGAGUCUAAAAAAAAAACAGCAGCUAAUUUUAAAUGAAAUGUCUAAAACCUUACUGUUCUGAAUUAAUGAUGAUUUCAGACUGUUGAUACUGUGCCCCAAUAGAUCACAGUGAUGGGGAAUAGAGCCUUGAUCCAUAGUGACAUCUGGAUCAGGGUUUGCCAGUGAGUCUGGAAUCUCAGGAAACUGAUCUCCUUAGCCCUUGGGGUAGCCAGCCAAUGUCUGGGGCAGGGAGCCACUUGCACUUUGAUGCCAGCUGUCUUAUCAAUUAUCUAUAUAUCCGUUGCCUACAAAAGAUUAGAAAGCAAUGUUCUGUAUGUUAUUUUUCUUUAAGUGGUUUAAUGAUUAAAAUGUUCUGUUGGAGGGACUCAAAGCUAUGACAUUAAAAAAUUUCACUCUGGGCUGGGCAUGGUGGUUCCUCCCAUAAUCAUAGCACUUUGGGAGGCCGAGGCUGGUGGAUUACUUAAGCUCAGGAGUUUGAGACCAGCCAAGGCAACAUGAUGAAACCCUGUCUUUACUAAAAUACAAAAGAAAUUACCCAGGUGUGGUGGCCUGCACCUGUAAUCCCAGCUACUUGGGAGGCUGAGGCAGGAGAAUUGCUUGAACCCAGGAGGCAGAGGUUGCAGUGAGCCAAGAUCAUGCCACUGUACUCCAGCCUGAGUGACAGAGCACUCAUCUCAAAUAGAUUAGGUAGAUAGAUAGAUAGAUAGAUAGAUAGAUAGAUAGAUAGAUAGGUAGUCACUCUGAAUAGUUAUAGCACAGGCAUAGGAUAAAAUUGUUGAAGUUACAAUUUGUUGUUGUUGGGUUUUUGUUUGUGUGUGUGGUUUUUGAGACUGAGUCUCACCCAGGCUGGAAGACAGUGGCACUAUCUUAGCUUUCUGCAACCUCCACCUCCUGGGUUCAAGUGAUUCUCCAGCCUCAGCCUCCUGAGUAGCUGAGAUUACAGAUGCCCGCCAUCAUGCCUGGCUGAUGUUUGUGUUUUUCAUAGAGACAGGGUUUCACUGUGUUGUCCAGUCUGGUCUUGAACUCCUGACCUCAAGUGAUCUGUCUGCCUUGGCCUCCCAAAGGGCACUGCCCGGCCUAAAAUUACACUUUGGUAUGCAGACAUAAACGAAUCUUCAUACAAUAGCUCCCCACUUUUCCCACUCCGUUACCCUUUAUGGAACAGUCACUAACACCAAGUUCUUGUAUAUCGUUUCUGAUUUUUAAUUUGCAUAAACAUGUAAUCCCAGCACUUCGGGAGGCCGAUGUGAGCAGAUCACUUGAAGUCAGGAGUUCAAGACCAGCCUGGCCAACAUGGUGAAACGUCGUUUCUACUAAAAAAAUAUAAAAAUUAACCGGGUGUGGUGGCGCAUGCCUAUAGUCCUAGCUACUUGGGAGGCUGGGGCACAAGAAUUGCUUCAACCCAAGAGGCAGAGGCUGCAAUGAGCCGAGAUCCUGCCACUACACUCCACCCUGGGCAACAGAGUGGAGACUCCGUCUCAAAAACAGUAAUUAUUAUUAUUUCCAUAAGCAUAAUGUACUCUUUAUAAAAAUAUUUUACGUAAGUAAUAGCAAAUUUCAACACACUGCUAUUUUUGUUUAUGCAUACAUCUUGCAGAUUAGACCAUAUUGGUACAUAUAUAGCUGCCUCAUUUAUUUUGAACAACUCCUUAGGAUUCCAUCAUCUGUGUGUUUCAUAAUUUAACACGGUCAGUUUUUUUUUUGAGACGGAGUCUCACUCCGUUGCCCAGGCUGGAGUGUAGUGGCACAAUCUCGGCUCACCAUAACCUCUGUCUCCCGGGUUCAAGUAAUUCUUCUGCCUCAACCUCCCAAGUAGCUGGGAUUAGGUACAGCCACCAUGCCCAGCUAAUUUUUGUAUUUUUUAGUAAAGAUGGGUUUCACUAUGUUGACCAGGCUGGUCGUGAACUCCUGACCUUGUGAUCUACCUGCCUCAGCCUCCCAAAGUCCUGAGAUUACAGGUGUAAGCCACCACGCCCAGCCUUUUUUUUUUUUUUUUUUGAGAUAGAGUCUUGAUCUGUUGCCCAGGCUGGAGUGCAGUGGUAUGAUUUUGGCUCACUGCAACCUCUGCCUCCUGAGUUCAAGAGAUUCUCCUGCCUCAGCCUUCCAAGCAGCUGGAAUUACAGGCACUCACCACCAUGUCCAGCUAAUUUUUGUAUUUUUAGUAGCAACAGGAUUUUGCCAUGUUGGCCUGGCUGGUCUCGAAUUUCUGACCUCAAGUGAUCUGCCUGCCUUGGCCUCUCAGAGCUGGGAUUACAGGUUUGAGCCACCAUUCCCGGACUUUCUAUCAUUUUUUCUUCUUUCUUUUUUUUUGAGAUGGAGUCUCGCUCUUAUCACCUAGGCUGGAAUGCAGUGGCAUGAUCUUGGAUCACUGCAACCUCCAUCUCCUGGGUUCAGUCGAUUCUCCUGCCUCAGCGUCCCAGUUAGCUAGGAUUACAGGUGCCCACUACCACGCCCAGCUAAAUUUUUGUAUUUUUAGUAGAGACGGGGUUUCAUCACGUUGGGUGGGCUGGUCUCGAAUCCCUGACCUCAGGUGAUCCACCUACCUUGGCCUCCCAAAGUUUUGGUAUUAUAGGCAUGAGCCACCGCACCCAGCCUAUUUUUUGUUCUUUCAAACAAACACGUAAUACAUAUUUCCCUUGCACAUAAAUUAUUUUGUACAUGUGUAAUAUAUCUUUAAGAUAAAUUCCUAGAAGUGGAAAUGCUAGAUAAAAAUGUAAAUUUUUAAAAACUUUCUAUUGUGACUAAAUGUGCACAUAUAAAAAAUUCACAGAAUUUUAUAAUGAACCCCAGAGGCCUCAUCACCAGCUUCCAGAAUUAUCAACUCACGCCCAAUCUUGCUUUGUCUGUAUUCCCUCCCACUUCUCUCAUCUCCGUGUCAUUUUUGAAGUGAACACCAGAUAUAUGAUUUCAUCCAUAAACAUUUCAUCUAUAUCAUUUCAUACAUAUCUCUAAAACACAUCACAACUUUAGAAAAGAAUUUGACUCCUAAAAAGAAAAAAUGGGCCAGGCACAGUGGCCCAGUACUUUGGGAGGCUGAGGCGGGCAGAUCACCUGAGAUCAGGAGUUCGAGACCAGCCUGGCCAACUUGGUGAAUCUCUCUACUAAAAAUACAAAAAUUAGCUGGGCAUGGUGGCAGGUGCCUGUAAUCCCAGCUACUUGGGAGGCUGAGGCAGGAGAAUCACUUGAACUUGGGAGGUGGAGGCUGCAGUGAGCCGAGAUGUUGCAGUGAGCCAAGAUCGUACCACUGCACUCCAGCCUGGGCUACAGAGCAAGACUCUAUCUCAAAAAAAAAAAAAAAAAAAAAAAAAAAAAAAAGAAGGCCGGGCGCAGUGGCUCAAGCCUGUAAUCCCAGCACUUUGGGAGGCCGAGGCGGGUGGAUCACGAGGUCAAGAGAUUGAGACCAUCCUGGUCAACAUGGUGAAACCUGGUCUCUACUAAAAAUACAAAAAAUUAGCUGGGCAUAGUGGCGCGUGCCUGUAGUCCCAGCUACUCAGGAGGCUGAGACAGGAGAAUUGCCUGAACCCACGAGACAGAGCUUGAGGUGAGCCGAGAUCGCGCCAUUGCACUCCAGCCUGGAUAACAAGAGCGAAACUCCGUCUCAAAAAGAAAAAAGAAAAGAAAUGACAUUACCACCUUAAUGCCAUUAUAUGUAUGAUAGUGUUCAAAUUCCUGUUUGUUUCAUAAAUGUCAGUUUUAGAAAAAAUUACCAGGAUCCAAAUAAUGUCCACACAUUGCAGUUGGUGUCUCUUAUUUCUCAACCUAUUAUUCACAGUCUAUUCUCCCUUACUGUUUUUUUUUUCUUGCAACUUACUGUUUUUUGAAGAAAUUAGGUAAUUUGCCUCAUAGAUCUUCUCUGAAUCUGGUUUCUGCUGGAUGCAUCUGCAUGGUGUAGUUUAACAUGCUCCUCUAUCCCUAGUAUUUCCUGUAAAAUGGUAGUUGAGAUUUAGAGGACUGAUCAGAUUAAGGUGUUUUUUUGUUAAGGUUAUUUAUAAGUGGUUAAUAAUAGGAGCUGUAAUAGCUAAGUGUUGCUUUUUUUGUGAUGUUGGCAACCAUUGAUGUUUAAUUGAUAAAUCUGUUCAUUAGAGGUUACAAAAUGGUGAUAUCUUAUUAUUCAUUCUUUCCUUAUUAGCUAGAAUUUCCUUAUUUUCUUCAUACAAAGAAAAACUUUCCAGCCUGGUGUGGUGGUUCACACCUGUAGUCCCAGCACUUUGGAAGGCUGAGGCAGGUGGAUCACUUGAGGUCAGGAGUUCGAGACUAGCUGACCAAUAUAGUGAAACCCCCAUCUCUACUAAAAAUACAAAAUUAGCUGGGUGUGGAGGCUGAGGCAGGAGAAUCGCUUGAACCCGGGAGGCAGAGGUUACAGUGAGCCAAGAUUGCACCAUUGCACUCUAGCCUGGGCAACAGGAGUGAAACUCCGUCUAAAAACAAAACAAAACCUUUCCUUCAGCUAUUAUUUAGUUACCUAAUGAUGCAGUAAAGAAAUGCAGGAUAAAUGCUUCUUUCUCUUUACUGGUUUUCAAACUAAUGAGUUGAGGCCAGGUGCAGUGCCUCACACCUGUAACCCCAGUACUUUGGUAAGCCAAGGCAGGCAGAUCACUUAAGGUCAGGAGUUCAAGACCAGCCUGGCCAACAUGGUGAAACCCCAUCUCUAUUAAAAAUGUAAAAAUUAGCCAGGCAUGGUGGUACAUGCCUAUAAUCCCAGGUACUCAGGAGGCUGAGGCAGGAGAAUUGCCUGAACCCGGGAGGCGGAGGUUGCAGUGAGCUGGAGGUUGCACCACUGCACUGCAGCCUGGGUGACAAGAGCGAAAUUCUGUCUCAAAAAUAAUAACAAAACAAUAAUAAUGAGCUGGUUCCCCCAGCAGUCUGCCAUGGUAGCUGAUGAAUUUAGAUGCAGGAGUGUGUGUGUGUUUCAUGUUUAAUGUGUUUCAAUCCAUUUAAGUUGCACCCUCAGUGAUGCUUAAAUGCUUCCAUGUUGGGUGUGGAAGAGUCUUCCAAUUGGCUCCUGUGUUCUUUUGCUAUGGCCCAGUCGUCUCUGAUCAUUUGCCCGCUGUCUCCCACCCCGAGAUGUUGCAAGCUUAUCUUGCUGACUUCCUGUCUCUCAACUUUAAGUCGCCAUUUUCCAAGGAGCCCUCUUCUUUCCUUUUGGUACUUUGGUACUUUCCCAGAUGGUAUUUGGAAACCACAAUCAGGUUGUUAGGAGCGCUUCCUGCUCCUAGUUGGCCAUUUUUAAGAAGUGUAUACAUUUUAAGCCAUUCUAUAGACAUUGCUCAAGUGCCUUCAGGAAGAUUAUGCACCUGUACAUCUACCUACAGUAGAAGAGACCCCAAAGCCACGCUCAUCUGAUCCUGAAGAAUCAUUUAUUUUGAACAUAGACCAUUGACAAGGUGAAAAAUGGCAAAGUCUCUCUUGUUUACAUUUGCGUUCCUUCAAUAGUGAUUAAAUUACCAUUUGUUCACAUAUUUGUUGACCAUUGGAAUUGCUUUUAGCACAGUGCCUAAAACAUAGUAGGUGCUCAAUAAAUAUUUGGUAAUUGAAUAAAUUACUUGUACAUUCA